AUGGCUGGCCCAACCAAGGAAGACGACGGUCCAGUCGGCGGAACCCAGCAUCCACACCACUACAGGCCCGCAGGCUUGCCACCUCAGACAGGCGGCCACGAUGACGAGCCAAGAGUCUACGACGACGCAGUCGGCGAUAGUGCAGCAGACUACGAGCCUCAACGCUCUGACAGUCUCGCACCCCCAAGUGGGCCCAGCGGCAAUCCGAUAGUACAGACUCUGCCAACCGACUCGAGAGACGACGUACCAGAACCACCUCCCACUCGUCCAAUGCCGGUCUUGACACCUACUCGUCCCGAACCCUUGAUCAUCAGAGACGAAGUCAGACCCCACGGCGUGAGUAACGGACCCUUGGGUCUCAAGUGA